AUGCGAGAUACUUGGGAUUUCGGUUGGGGUUCUUCAUUUGAACACAGCGACGGUGGUGCUAGACGAUGUGCGUCGAUGUCAGUAUCCGUUGUUGUUAUGGACAAGAGCGGCCGCUUACUGAUACCACAACAAGCUCGAUUUGGGGCAAGCAGAUGGGUUUCGGAGCAUCAUGUCAUCAGUGCAGGGCAAGUUCCACGACAGUCGAAUCCAUUGAAACAAGAGAUGGUCAAGCUCUCGUCCAAGGCUGCAUGUCGGGCCUGCAUUUCGGCUGAUCUCCACUCGCCUAGAAGAGCUUGGCCCAUUCCUGAGCAUGAUUCCAUCAAGUAUGGCACGACAAAGGUCUAG